AUCCCUGAUGGCAGCCAGAUAACAGCAUGCUUUGCACAGCUGCACUCAGAAUCGUAGUUUUGUACUGAUAAUAUUUGCAUGAACUCUUUACAAGACCAUGUGCCGUUGUUAAUUUUCUCUGAGUGUAUUGAGGAGUAAGGACUGCAUGAGCACAGCGAAUGGUGUUUGUGAAAAGUGUAGGUGAAGGUUGACAAGGAGAGCCUAUUAUUAUUAUUUUUACAGAAUAACAAAUGUUUAUCAAAUCAUAUUGUCAGAUGGAAAACACUGAAUGAAUUUUUUAGCUGUGACCAAACUUGUUAAUCUUUGAGUCCUGCAGGACCGUGCAGUCUGCAUCUGGUUGAUAAAUUACACCUUGUAGACCUUCACACACCCCAUGUAUAUACAUGCUGCUCCAUGAUCUCAUUCACAUAAAUCAGAUGUUCAUCUCCAAAGAAAGCUCUGUAACAAUUUUGUGAUUACAAGACAUUUAGAGGGGUAUUUAAGGAGUCCUGCAUUGCUUAUUUUUUCAUUGAUUAGAAGAACACAGAAACCUUUUUGCUACAAUGAAGACACUCUUAUUAGGGCUGGUAAGCUUUUACAUGCUAGUGCUAUCUAGAACAGAAGAGUUACCUGAAGUGGACAAUAAUAACAACAAUAAUGCACUUUCAUCUUUGGAUAUAACCAAAAGGUUUGAUGACCUGGCAGCAAGGUUGAACAUAUUGGAACAGGAGCUGAAGAUGAAGCAAGAGACACCGAGGAUUGCAUUUUCGGCUGCCCUAUUUAAUGACGGAUACUGUGGCCCUUUCAAUACUCCAACUACGCUUGUAUUUUCAAACACAUUCAUAAACCUUGGCAACUCAUACAACCCAAGUACAGGCAUUUUUACAGCAUUUGUAAAAGGAACCUACUACUUCAGCUUCACCGUGUUUUUAAAUAGUAAUUCAAAAAUGUUUACCAGCUUGAUGAAAAACAAGGACAGAGUCGUUUCAGUGUGGGAUAACUAUUCUCCUGACAGCAAUGACUCUGGCAGCAACACAGCUAUUGUUCAGCUGGAAGUGGGAGACAAUGUGUAUGUAAAACUGUAUGAAGAGAGGCAAAUAUACGAUGAUGGGACAGGUUACACAAGCUUCUGUGGGUUUCUGUUAUUUCCUUCAUAAAUGGCAUCAUUACAAUCCCGAUUACGCAAAGCAGUAACAUUUUGUCAUUAUCAUUUGAUACACACAAGUAACUAGGGAGUUGAUACUAUAUAUAUAUAUAUAUAUAUAUAUAUAUAUAUAUAUAUAUAUAUAUAUAUAUAUAUAAUGUUAUUUUAUGCUUUUAAGUCAAACGUCAAGACAAAUGAAGAACUCCCCCUAAAUAUACAAAACACAUUGUCAUCUGUGUGGGAAGUUUAAUGCUUAUACAAUAAUCAUGUACAGUUUGUGGUUAGUUUCAUUUUUAUCAAAGGUGGAGUUCUAUGUGAAUUAUUGUUUCAAACCUCACAAUUCUGCCAAACAUGACCCAAAAAAAAGCAAGAAAAAUUGAAUAUAAUAAUAAUAAUAAUAAUAAUAAUAAUAAUAAUAAUAAUAAUAAUAAUAAUAAUAAUAAUAAUAUCCUUCCAAACAGUCAUGUGGUCCCAAAUAUAGCAGUAGUACCUCAAACUUAACUUUUGUACAUUACAUGUUGUGAGAGUAGGUAUUCUUUAUUUUUCAUCAAUACUUUGUGGGCAAUGAAUUCAAAAUCUAAGCCUUUAUCUUAUACAUGUGUUGGUUUCAUUUGUAUUAGGCUUAAUGCCAGUGUUUUCUAAUGUUUGGUACAGUACCAUAAACAAAAUGUCACCAAGGCAUUGCUUAUGACAUUUAUGUAACAAAAAGUUGUAUUGUUUGAUUUUUGCUUGUAUUUACAAACCUUUAUUACAAACUGCAUGGUAAAAUAAAAGUAUCUGAAGCAACAUAA